CUCCAAGAAUGCCAUUGCUAGUAAUCUCUGGCCAGUAUCAUCGUAAAGGAUGAAAUUGGAUCUCCCUUGUAACCAGCUGGCUCCAGCUUUAAAUGGAAAAAAAAAUCUUUUGCAUUGAUCACAUCACAUUAAAACUGCAGGUUACCUCCCAAUAAAGCCAUGCACAAUUUUGAUUAGAAACACUAAUAAAAAAAACACUGUGUGCAGCUCAGUAUCAGGUAUUCUGUCUUAUCAUUUGGACAGUUAAUGAUUAUAGUGCCCUAACCACUGAACUUGCCCUUAAGCCCAGGCAGAUAGCAAAAAGGACUUGUUCAGCAUGUUAUGCCACAUUUCUAAACUGCAGGUGACUCUGGCUGUUACCUGACAGCAGUUUAAAAUGCAGGUUUUAUACUGAAACAUGAUAGGAAACAAACAAAAUUGCUUUAAUUGCUUACAUUUAAGUAACACAGUAAAAGUUAAAUGCGAAUUUGCCUUUAAGAACUGAGGGGUUGGACUUGAAUUCCUGACUUACGUGCAAAGGUGCUAGAAAGUGAAAUUGAAAGCAACAGAUCAGGUUAGCAGUGUAAAUGAGGGCAGCAACAGACGGGAUUGUUAAAAGAAUCCUUAGACUGAAUAUUGCUUUUAGACUCAUUUUAUGAAUCAUAUUUCUCAUGACCUUGAACCUUUUGGGCUGCCAUCAUGAUCAUCUAAAGAGUUGCAAGAAAACUCUUAUGUGUCAGAUAUAGUCACUCAAGGCCACAGAGAGAAGAAAUGGCGAUGCAGAAUUUUCCUACAUCACCACAUGCAGAAGGUUCUCCUGCUCAGCCAGAUGACAGCAGCCUCCUCCUCGAAAGUGAACAGUGGGGAACGCCGAACAAGAAAGGCAUCCAGAAAAAAUCUAGCUUUUUGGAAACCGUAGGAAAUAUUAAAAAAAGUAUCAGGAGGUCAAGGGGACAAUCUGCAAGAGAUGAUAACAGCUCACCAGAAAAGAUAGAGACCGCUGAGGGUUCUAAAAGCUUUAAAAAGAAAAUUAGUUUUCGAUCAUCAAAGAAAAGUGAGACUGAAAAUAAAAUCCCAGAAGACAGUACUGCAGAUUUUACCACAAAAAGAGAACUUCUUUCAGUGAUGGAAAUUAACGAUCUUAUAAAAGGAUGUCAUCUAAAGGAGGCAUUUGACAGCACACGAGCACUGGAAGAAAAACUUCUAGAAGAAUAUAAGGCCAAUAAUAACAAUGAGAAGAAUAUAAAGAGUCUCACUAUGAGAGCCAAGGAUGUAAACAUUUUGUAUAAAAACCUUUUCGCAGAAAUACAGUCCAUUGUGAAACGUUCGCUACAUGAGGAGGACAUUGAUGAGCAGAGUUUAGUCUCUGCAAUCUACAUUAUUAAAGAAGAAGAGGAAGGAGAUCUCAAAAACCAGCAAGUGGCUGAAGAAAAUCCAGACUUUUCACAAAUUGGCCAGCGAAGACAGUGGAAGCAGUUAUGGAAGGACACCGUAAAGGAGACGGUGACUGAAAGAGUUGGUGCAUUGCCUGUGAAUGAAGCAGAUAAUACACUGUGGCUUGCUAAUCACUUAGAAUCAUUGAAAACACAAACUGUUCAGGACUUAAUAAAAGUAAAAUCAUUUCUAAAGCCUCUUUACCCUGAGGAUUAUGAUGUGUGUGGAAUUUACAUUAGAUGUUUCCACAAUGCUUUAUCCUGUCACUUGCAAAAGACUGUCGUUCCAAAAUGCAAGCAAUACAGCCAGCUGUACUCCUUUCUAAACUGGGUUCUAAAUACAUACAGAAGUGAUGAUUUUAUAGAUAAUCCUGAACUUCAGCCAGAGGUUAAUAAUGCCAACUUACAUUCUUUGUUAGACAGUGAGUGCCUCAGUGAAUUAAAGAAUAAAUACAACAAAGAACUACAGGAAACUAUAAAGCAGUAUAUGUCCAAUAUACUGACUCUGGAAAUAGAAAAAUGGAAUAAAGAAACAGAAAUUGAUGAAGAAAUAUUAAAGACCAAUUGCCUGCCAAUCUAUAUAGAUAUUGAGGAGAUGACUGGAAGACAUGUCAGAGAAUCGGCCAAACUUUCCGAAGAUUUAGAAACCUCAGCAUUUCAUACUUGCAUGAAAGAACUGGGUAAUUUUGCUUUAAGUCUGCAGGAAGAAUUCACUCAGUGGUCUGAGGUUGGAAUCACUUCAUUGUUUCUUCAAAACCUGGUCAUCUACAUAAACAGCUUUAUUAAAUUAAGGCAGAGCACAAUGCAGUCAGAUGCAGAGGCCUGUAAGAAAGCAGAAGACAGACUAACGAAAGCCAUCAAACAUUUAACAAAGCAUUUCUUCAGCUUAUUCAGUAAGGAGACUCAGCCUCAUUUUCAGAAGCUUAUAACUAAACAAUGGAUUAGAAAAGAUACUGCAUUCAAGGCCAUUGUGAAAUCAGCUGAAAACCUGCACAAGAACCUAAACUAUUUAGCUCAACCUUCUCACAAGGAAUUUGCAAAUGGCAUUCACCGGCACCUGGUAAAAGAAUACCUAACGCAGGUUAUGAAGAGAAAGCUGAGACUAAAUCAUCUGAAGCGUAAAAAGGCAUCUGAUAAAAUGAGUCAAGAAAGUGAAGCACUUAACAUUAUAGCAGAGACACUGGGAUCCGACCAAGACUGGUUGUUUCCUGCAAUUCAGUACAUAUCUGAUAUAAUUGGUUUGAGAAAAAAAGAAGACAUUUUAGAGAAGAUUGAAAUAGUAUUUAAAACAUAUCCAGAUUGUGGGGAGGAGCAUAUUUUAGCCAUUUUGUAUCUUCAUGGAAUGAGAAGAAGCAAGAAUCUAUCAGUGCUGCACUUCUUUAGAGGACUACAACUAAAAGAGCCCCAGAAGCCACCACAACACAGGCUCUUUGCAGAGAUUGAGUGUCCUACACAAGUUUUCUGCAUGCCGCUUUUCUAAAAACCCUAUUGUAUCAAUGAUAGGGGUCACAUGAGUUGCUCACAACUACAUGUCAUCAUGGACAACCACUGAAACCUCAAAGCUUCAAUAUUGCACUGGUAAAGCAGUUUCCAACACAAAAUAUGCAGGAAAUCCACAAAGGACUGAAGGAAUAAGGUGAAAUCAAUCUUUAUGGUCAUUGUACAAGGAAAUGUGGUCAUCAUAAAAAUUCUCUCCAGCUCUGGAGGCAAUAAUGUUGAUGCCAUUCUCAUAGCCUGCCGUACGAAAUAAUACAUGCUAUUAUACA